AGACACGUGUCAAAAGUGAUAGGCUUCAAGAUGUAGAAAAAUUUUCUCUCUCUUCUUUCAUCUUCAUCGCUCAAAAUUCUUCGAUCAAUAUUCUCCGUCACCAUUCUUCUUUCUCCGUCAACUUUUCUCGCCGCCGAGGCUCGACCUCAUCUUUCUCCGUCGCCGACCGUCUUCUUUCACUCUGCAUCAAUGACGAACCAUUCUGAAGUUCUAGAAGCUCUGUCUCGAGCUCUGAGGAAGACGGAAGAAUCAUAUCUUGACACUGCAGAUAAGAUGCUCGAUGAAAAUCCUGAACUAGCUUUAAUGGGUUAUUUGUGUUCUGGUGAUGUUGAUGGAAGGUGAAGACAUUUAUGUGAUGAAUGUUGGAGAUUCUACCAUUGGAGCUUACACAAUCAGAAUUGCUUAACAAAAAUUCUUAACUUCAAAUUAAUAAUUAAAUAAUACUUAAGCAUCCUUUAAAAGUUGCUACCAUUGAACAUGGUUUUAGCGUGUCUAAGGUUUAGAGAGAGGUUAUCAAAGAAUUGGAGUCUUUGUUCAAAGAGGGGGAGUGGGAGGAGCUCCAUUAUCAAAUUCCUCAAGUUCCUUUGUAAUCCAAUCGUUACCUUUAAUACAUCAGAUAUUUCUAUCCCUACACGUAUCAAGCUUGGUAUCAGAGCCGUCAAUCUUCGGCAAUGGAUGUGAUCGAUGUUUCGUUGUUCUACGGCGACGACGAUCGGAAAGAGUGGGUGUCUUGGAUCGAAGAGUUUUGUGCUCAAGGCUAUUCUGAUCUGGAAAAAUUGCAGUUCGGUUUCGUGGAAGAGGAUGCUCUCGCAUGGUACAAUGGUGAGACUUCACAAUCUCCGUUCACUAGUUGGGUUGACUUCAAAAUUUGCUUGUUCCAACGAUUCAGCAAGGACAGCGAGAUUGAGGCUCUUCUCAAACAGAAGAGAGCAAUUGACUUUGAGAGAAGGAUGAGAAUUCUGGAGAGGUUAGAGAAAUUACUGCUUCCAACUGAAGAUCGCUUGGAAAAGGAGAAUCUGGGUGGUGAAGAGAAGAAGAAUACAUCUCUGGGUAAUGAGGAAGAGCUGUUUGAGUUUGUCAAUACAAAGCGAAAGGAAGAGCACCAGGAAGAGGAGCAAAAACAGAUAGAGGAUGAGAUGGAUAAUUGUGCCCACCAGGUGUUCGACAAAAUGAUUCUUAGUGGAAAAAGGGUGAAGAAGAAGAGAAAGAAGAAGAAGUUCAUGGAGCCUAAGUGAUCUAAAUACAAACAUGGAAAAAGGGAACCUAUGCCUCAUCAAACUCAAGAGGAGAAGUUCAAAGAGCAAAACAACAGAGUGAAGAGAUGUAAGUUAGUAAAUUGUCAUGCUUUUUACAACAGCCAAAGGUCUUAAAAAAGGCGUAUGGGGAGAUUUACAAAGAAAAAGAAAAAGAGAACAAGGCUGAAAACGCAUGAGGGAAAGUGUGCCAAGCCAAACCAAAUGCGGCAAUCACAAUGGGAGCAUGAGAGGAACGAAAAUGGAGUAUGAGAGGAAGGGAAUCCAGCAUGAACGGUUGUCUGCAAAGCUGCUAUUUGGACAAGGGACAGUUUUGAAGAAGCUUGCAAAGUGGAAGAAACAUAAAUUCAAGCAGAAGCUCAACAAGCAUAGGGAAAAGAUCAAGGCAAGGUUGUUGAGUAUUGUAAACCUUUGGGAGCUCAAGGCUGAACCUGGAUUUUUAAGAAAGAACUUCAGCGAAUGGUGUAAGAAAAAGCAGGGCCGUGAGAGAGCCUACUUACGGUGUGAUAAACUGCUGCAGCUGAAUGGUCUAGUGAUUCAGAAAAGGAAGUUGUUAGUUGCCAAUACCAGAAAGAGAAGAGAGUCGAAGUAAAUGUGUGUGGUUUGUGGCAAGCUACUUUCGUUUGUUACAAGAGCAUGGAUGAAGUUGAUGGAAUGGAAGAAACAAAAGGCCAAAUACAAGUACAUGAACAAGCACUAUGCUAUGAACAAAAGGAGGUCUUCUAGAAAUCAAGAUACCUUUUCAUUGAAUUCUAGUCUUAAGCUCAGGUACUCUGAAAAACACUCUAAGAAAUGGGGUAAGUACAAACCAUGGAAAGAGAAGCAUCUCAACUUUCAGUCUCUUAUAAGGAGAGAUUUCAAAAGUCAAACAUGAGGAGAAUGAAGGGCUGUAAAAGAGCGAAGUGUUGCUGCAUUGUGCUUGAUGAACUGCUGCUGUGGGAAACUCAGUUAAAGAAAAAGAAGUCACAAAUUGGAAACAAGAUGUUGUCUCUGCCAGGAGUUACAAGGAAGAGAGAAGAGGCUUAUGCACAGUCCAGGAAGGUUAAACACAAUAUGUGGAGUAACUCUCAAGAAGAGGUUGUUGAGUUGAUGAGUUUCAAAUUUCCAAGAGUAAUUCUCCUUGAAUAUCCGAGAAAGCUACACAUUAUAUUGGGUUUUAAGGAGAACACUUACUGUCGGGAAGGUUGCUGGAACUUGAUACUGCUUAACCUAUUGGUUGGUCAGAAGGGACUGAACUGUAUUUGGCCUUAUGUGGGGAAAGUAAGGAUUGCUGGGAAUUGGGCAGUAAGAGAGCAAGUGACCGAGGAGCUGGACACAACGAGGAAGGGCAUGAUGAUUGAAAUGUUCAAGAACUUUUGCUCUUUCUUGAUGCAUAAUUCUGAAAACCAGAGCAGGGAAUUUGCUUCACGUAUGUUUCAUGUUAAACACAGUGAUGUUGGGGCAGUAAGCAAGAACGUGGAGCUCACUUUGAAAAAUUACAAGGGGAUUGUUGAUUUCUUACCUCGGGAGUUGGGCAGCGCAGGUGUAACUAUGAAAACGCCAUGGCUUGAGACUUCAGGGAACAUGGAAGUGAAUUGGAAGAGGCAAGAGAUGAAGUUCCAAGUUAAUGGAGUUCCUAUCUCAAUUCAUGGAAAUCCUGAACAACUAAGGGAUAGACGUUCCAAGUUCAUGGACAGCAGCAAGGAGAAAAUGAACGACCAUCCGGUCACAUUUGUAGCGUUGAAGCGACUCACAUCAGAUUGAGUUCUCAAGGCUGAACCAGAACAGACUUUACAGGUUCAAGACAAUCAAAUGACCGGUCAUGAGGAAAUGUUGGUAAAAUGGAAUGAAUUUCCAGAUUAUGAAUCCUCGUGGGAACUCAACCUGUACUGGCUACACAGUUUCAACACGUCAACCUUGAGGACAAGGUUAAUUGAUUUUUGAGGGCCGGGUAAUAAUAUGUGGGCUAUAUGAGGGAUUAGAUUUGGAGAUGCAGCUACAAGGAAGAGAUGCAAUGCUUGCACAACUCAAGGACCAUCUUUAUCGAGCCAGACAAGGUGUAAAAGCUCAAGCAAACCUGCAGACAUGAGACUCGAUUUGAAACAGGACCUUCAUUAGUGGCCAGUUUCCUAUAUCCAACCUUGAAGACAAGCCUGUUCGUUACGUUGUCGCUGCGUCAGCGUCCGGCGACACAAAAUUAUAACGUACUUCACAGCUCCAAAUUUGUGGUGAGUGUAGAACGGCAAUCAACACGCAGCGCCGAUCGCAACCGAUCGCAACCAUUAAAGUGGACGCUGUUUUUGUUGACUUAAACUUGAAGUUAACUUGGUAAACAAGUUUGAUAUUUCCUUUUAGGAUUAGGAAUAUGUUUAGGAGUUAUCUAGACAUUCUUAGGAGUUAUCUAAAGAAAAGAAAAUUCAUAAUUCUAUUAGGAAAAGGUUUAGGUUUUGUGUUAUCUAUAUAAGAGUUGCCAAAGUUGUGGUAAACCUUAUGAGUUGUGGAUUU